CGUGGACGUCUUUACUUAGUCGAAAUACAUAAAUUUACUUAUUAUUUAGGCAUUAUUAUCAUCUCAAGCCACUGCUUUUGGUGCAAUUCAGUGAUAAGUGACCUUUUUAUGAGCAAUGGAAAUUUACAACUAUCAUGAAGACGAGUGUCCGUGGUACCACUUCGAUAGUUCGUAUAAAACUUUGCUCGGAUAUUGUUUAAUCGUUUUUGGUGUGUUUGGGGUGCUGCUCAAUGCCUGGCUUUUCGCCACGUUUGUCCACAGUCGCCUACUGGUGUUCAAAAGCCAUAUAUUGGUACUGAAUCUUUGCUCGGCGUCUUUGGGCAGGAACCUACUUGGAUUUCCUUUUGCGGGGUCUUCAGCGAUUUUCAAAAGAUGGUUGUAUGGCCCUGCGUGCUGUCAACUUUUCGCAUUUUUGAAUCAAUUCUUUGGUGUGUUUCAAAUCACAGCCAUAUUCGUUAUAGUUUUAGAGAGAUACUUAUUAGCAAAACAUUAUAGACGAGAAAUAUCUCUCUAUUACCAAUUCUACUGGUUAUUCAUCGGAUUAUGUUGGAUAGUAUCUCUAACAUUCUCCAUUCCGCCUUUAUUCGGUUAUGGACGAUAUUCUUGCGACACCACUGGAACAACUUGCUCUUUUCUGUGGCCAGCAUGGAGUGGUGGAGCUAAACAAUUGGGAUUUGCUGCACCUUAUGUUAUAGUAUGUGGAAUCCUACCGGUCAUUUCGAUAUUUUUCUUCAUGGGAAAAACUAUUCGACUGGAGAGAAUAUACUACAGAAACGAGCAGUCUAAAGAACAGAAACGUUUAACGAAGAGUGUUCAAGCUCUCACGGUGACAACGUUGGCGUUGUGGGUCCCUGCAGCAGUACUGGCGGGAUCCCAGUGGUUUCCUGUACUAGUUCUAGGCUACCGACCACACGUGCCAGCUGUUUUAGCUUUGAUUGCACCAAUUGCUUCUGAGGCAGCCACAAGUGUUCCAGUAUUAUGUUACAUACUGAUCGACGACAGAUUGCGGGCCGCAUUGUUAGGGCGUAUGAGAAGACACUACGCUUUGUUGUCAACACCCGAGCGCGCCAAGUGGUACAACCCGUAUGAUAAGAAUGUUUAUGAAUGUGCCAAGUUGUACGAGUAAUUUUGGAGCCUAAACAGGUGUUCUAA